UAAAAAGAAUCACCACCAUUGGCCCCCUCGCCCUUUACCAUACGCACAGUCGGGAAGCCUUUCUUUGUCUAUCUGAAGUUACCAUUCUCAUCAUGGCUCUUCCCCAGCACCAGUUUCAACAACACCACCAACCUCAGCAGCAGCCUAAAAAUUUGAGAAAUGUAUACGCAAUCGACGGCCAGAUUUCUCCGGCAGUGGCGUAUUUGAAUCCUUCUAAUUUGCAAGAUCAAUCUCAGCAUCCUCCCUAUGUUCCACCUUUUCAUGUGGUGGGGUUUGCUCCCGGUCCUGUCAAUGAUGGUAGUGAUGGGGGAUUUGAAUUGCAAUGGAAUUAUAGACUGGAACCCAAGAGAGAGAGAUUGAAGGAGCAAGAUUUUUUGGAGAAUCAUUCCCAGAUUUCAUCCGUUGAUUUCCUACAACCGCAAUCAGUUUCAACUGGGUUAGGGUUGUCUCUUGACAAUGCUCAUGUUUCGUCUUCCGGUGACUCGGCUUUGUUAUCGCUUAUUGGUGAUGAUAUUGAUAGUGAAUUACAGCAGCAGCAUGUAGAGGUUGAUAAAUUCCUUAAAAUUCAGGGUGAUCGACUACGGCAAACUAUCCUAGAGAAGUUCCAAGCUGACCAACUUCAAAGUAUCUCCCUUGUUGAAGAGAAGGUUCUUCAAAAGCUUCAUGAGAAAGAAGCAGAGGUGGAGAGCAUUAAUAAGAAGAACAUGGAACUUGAGGAACGAAUGGAACAGUUGUCUAUGGAAGCAGGUGCAUGGCAGCAACGGGCCAGAUACAAUGAAAACAUGAUAAAUGCCCUUAAGUUUAAUAUUCAGCAAGUCCAUGCUCAAAGUAGAGAUAGUAGAGAAGGGUGUGGUGACAGUGAGGUGGAUGAUACAGCUUCAUGCUACAAUGACCGUGCUAUCAAUUUUCACCUGCUUUGCAAGGAUAAUAAUGACAUGAAGGAGCUGAUGAUUUGUAAGGUUUGCAGAGUGAAUGAAGUUUGCAUGCUUUUGUUACCUUGUAAGCAUCUCUGCCUCUGUAAGGAUUGUGAAAGUAAGAUUAGUUUUUGUCCCCUGUGUCAGUCCUCCAAGUUUAUUGGCAUGAAAGUCUAUAUGUAAUGGGAUAAUAUGAAAUUUAAUGCUACCUAGUGUAAUACUCA